AUGUCUGCUUACAAAACUGAUAUCGAAAAGGCCGACGCUGGGUCGUCUGACAAGAACUCGACAUACCAGGUCAAGACAGAGGACUUCCAAGUAGAUGAGUCCGUGGCUGAAGUUUCCAAGGGAAAGUUCGCCUGGUAUGAGAAUUUCACUCUCAUGAUGAAGGCUGAGACAAGAGGUAUUGAAAUUGUCCCCGAAGAAGAGAAGACUAGAACUUCCCUGUGGGAGGCCGCCUCCAUGUGGUUCUCCGCCAACUUGGUUAUCGGUACGUUUGCCCUUGGUGCUAUUUCUCAGACUGUGUUUGCUUUGGAUUUUUGGUCUUCAGUGCUAUGCAUUAUCUUCUUUAACAUGCUGGGCGUGUUCCCCGUUGCUUUUUUCUCCGUCUUUGGAGUCAAGUUUGGUCUUAGACAGAUGAUUUUGACCAGAUUUUUGUCUGGAGAUCUGGCUAUGAGACUGUUCGCUGCAAUUAACUGUAUCUGUUGUGUUGGAUGGGGUGCCGUCAAUAUCAUGGCUGCUGCCCAAUUGUUGCACAUUGUUAACAACAAAACUUUGCCUCCUUGGGCUGCAUGUCUGAUUUUCGUUGUGUUGACCAUUCUUGUGACAUUCUUCGGUUACGAUGUCAUUCAUGCCUAUGAGAAAUGGUCCUGGAUUCCCAACAUGUUUGUGUUCAUCGUUAUCAUUGCCAGAAUGUCCAUCUCUGGAAACUUUACUUUCGGUACCAUGGCCGGAGGUCCAACUGUGGCAGGAAACGUCCUCAGUUUCGGAGGUGCAAUUUUUGGAUACGCUUCUGGUUGGGCUACUUUCGCAGCCGACUACACCGUUUACAUGAGAACAGAUACCCCUCCCUUAAAGAUUUUUGCCUGGGUUUAUUUUGGACUCUUCACUCCAUUGUGUUUCACCAUGAUGUUGGGAACUGCAUGUGCCACUGGUAUUUUCUCAGACGAAUCAUGGGCUACUCUCUACUACGACAACGGUGUAGGUGGCUUGGUUUACGCUGUAUUGGUCGAGAACUCCUUGCACGGGUUCGGUCAAUUCUGCUGUGUUUUGCUGGCCUUGUCUACUGUUGCUAACAACAUUCCAAACAUGUACUCCAUUGGUCUGUCUGCUCAGGCUGUCACCUCCAAAGCUAGACGUGUUCCCAGAAUCGUUUGGACUCUUUGCGGAAACAGUGUCACUUUAGCCAUCAGUAUCCCUGCCUAUUACCACUUCGAACGUUUCAUGAGUAAUUUCAUGAACAUUAUCGGUUACAACUUGGCUAUCUACGACACGGUGUGUCUUUCGGAGCAUUUUAUUUGGAAAAGGGGAUUCUCGUCCAAGUACGACGUUAUGCUUGAACAAUGGCACGACAAGACUGCUGCUCCUCCAGGAUAUGCUGGACUCAUUGGAUUUGGCUGUGGUGCCGCUGGUGUCGUCCUGGGAAUGAACCAGGUCUGGUACUCUGGGGCCAUAGGUAGGUUGAUUGGAGAUUUCGGAGGAGACGUAGGAUUCGAGUUGGGUGCAGGGUUUAGUUUCUUGGGCUUUAACACUGCCCGUUACUUUGAGCUGAAAUACUGCGGACGUUAA